CACGUCCGCAGCGCAUCUCUCGGGCACCUCUGCUUGAGGUGUUAAGCGGUUAGCUCAACCUGCAACCCACACGCUCCCACCACCCGACUUCGAUCGAUGCUAGCUCGAUCGCUGGAAUGCAGGUCCUUUGUGAGGCGGGGCAUUCUUAAUACCGGCUUGGCAAAACCGAAUCCGGUUAGGCACUUACGUUAGGCGGAGCACCGAAGAGCCGCUGCAUACUUGUGCAGAAAGCUGGAACUUCAGUUGCCGAACUGUACGAUGCCGCGAAGGAAAAUGAAACGUUAAUGCGCUCCGAAUGUUGAUACGAAGACCGAAAACGGCGCAGAACAAAUGAUAUGAGAGAAAUAUGAUUGAGGUCCAAAUAGUGAAAUAAUGCAAAAAACGAAGCUGAAACCGGCGUCAGGGCGAAUUUUUCGAAUGUGUAACAAGAGACACCCAUGCACAGUGUAGUUUAUGCUUGAUUCUCUGUGAUUCAAAAGCGCUUACCGCUAACGCUUACCUUUCAAAAGGAAAUGUUAUGCUAUGCACAUGUCGUCCCCAUCAGCUUGCGCCUUCUUGUUAAAUGGAAGUCACGUUAAUAGCCCAGAUUCGCAGUGGGUUUGCACAUUACUGUACCAUAUUUUUCCCCUUUCCGGUGGACCUUCGGGCUAUGCUUCAGAAUCGUAUAAGUGAAAAUAGCCAUCUCAUCUUGUGUUGUCGUUAAUUCGCGUGUAACGGUGGCCGUCUUUUGGCAGUGCAUAGUUUCUACACGUCGCCGAUCACAUGAAACUCUAACUGGAGCUGUCGAACAGGCGUAGAACGAGUAGAAUCAGUACAACGACAAACAUCACCAAAGAUCUUCGUUUCCGACUAGCGAACGACGUGUUGGUGACGGUGGCCAUCGACGACGACAAACAGUCAUCACAUCCCACCGAAUUAUUCCUGCAGCAGCUGAUCAGGCAUCGAUUCUCCGCCGAUCAGCUCACUAUCGUCAUCACAGUGUCAGCGAUCGUUAUUGGACUUCUGAUAGAGCUACGAUUGCAUGAACUUUGGUCGCUCUACAUCUGGUGGUGGAAUAUUCUGUACAGCGACGACUGGACCUGACAGACCGUGCAGCAUCACAGCCCUGCUCCCGAUUGGUAUGUCGUGCCGUGGCCGCGCCGAGGCCUUCGCCCGUAGCUUACAGUCACGCCUUCGGAAUCUUGGUGCGCAGGGAAGUGCCGGUGACGAUGGGGAGGACCUUACGACAAACGAUCAGCAGCAGCAUCAUACCGAGAACACCUGGCUAUCGGCAACUUCAAAUGACGAGCAGCACACGGUCAUAACUAGUCCUCUCCAGCCCCUGCGAAUUGUCCCUCAUGAAGCCGACUCUUUCUUCGACUUUGGCCUGGAAGCGGAAAGUCCUAGCUCGCCAGUCGAAGAAUGCGAAUAUAUGAGACUGAUCGAAACGGCAACGGCCACACCCACAGGACAACCAUCAGAACCCGCUCCGUCGGUUGUUGAUCCGACAGCACAAGCACCCGAAUCAGGGUACGUCUGUUCCUCACCUUGCUCGACACCACAGGGGUCGGCCGCUAGCAGCCACAGCAGCUCAUCCGACUGUCAAUUCUACGAUCCGGAUAGUUCAGAUCCCGAACAGCGUUCCGUGGGAUGCUGUGAGUACUACGACUGUACGAUACCGGCGCUAAGUCCUAGCGGGCUGGUUGUUCCGCGCCUGCAGUCCAGUGGUGUCCACGUUUACGGUUCAGCAACGAUAAAGACAGAGUCAGUGGAGGUUACAGUGGCUAAGGCUACCGCCGACACACAGAACGAUGUAACUUCAUCUACCUCAUCAUACAAUCCAUUCACUAGUCAAAUCGUUGGCCACCGAGCUUACAGCGCUAACGGACAUGUAAGCACAGGUUUCUCUGCUAGCAACGUCGACAGUGACAGCUGUUCAGAGUCACUUCCGCCGUCACAAUCGACGGAAUCUAAUAACUCCACCUACACGGGAGUAAGUUCCAACUCCAACAGCACGCUACAGGACGUAACGAUGGAACCGCUAGAGGAAGAACAAUCGGAUUGCGCUGGCACUUCAUCGCAGGAACACACAGGGACGGAUGUACCGGAUGGAGGCAUAUGCCAUGUCGGUAACGGUCAUGCUAUUAUGCCACGUGGAACUAUCAUAAACACUGAUACCGAGAUUGAGCUAAUGGCAAGCGGGUUGAAGUACGUUGAACAGAAAACGUCUGAUGCGGUUUAUCAGUAUGGUGAUGGUAGUGGGCAGCCGGAGGCUCCAUGUGCUGUUAUUCAGAUUGCGGAAGUUGAAAAAAUUCUUAAAAAUUGUACCACAAGCGAUCGAUCGUAUGAGCAAAACAACUCGAACGUUGAUGACGUGCAGGAAAAUAAGAGUGAAACGAAGUACGAUCGUCGAUCGGGCCUUUCUUCGGGUGAUGAAGAUGAAGAAGAAUCGAAACCACAGCGCAUUAGACGCAGUUCGUCUCUCAAAACUGGCAAAACUCCGCCAGGAACACCGGGCCGCAAGAAGAUAGUGCGCUUUGCCGACGUUCUGGGACUUGAUUUAACGGACGUUCGGACGUUUAUGGACGAAGUGCCGAAGGUGCCGCCUUCUGCCUUCGAGGACCUCACGAUCGUUCAGGUUACGGAAUCGCCCAUGCCGGAAAUUAAUCUGGGGCCGAAAGCGGACAGGGUGCUAGUGCCACUGUUUCAGCAACCGGGAGCCUUGCCAUGUUUUCUCGAUCGUGUCCGCGAGAAGCAGGUAAACCUGGAGAACGCAGCCGUCACCGAUCCGAUCACAUUGACCAUUACAGGAACAGUACGCGUGCGGAAUCUCGACUUUCACAAGUCAGUGUACGUGCGAUAUACACUCGACAACUGGCGCAGCUACUCCGAUCUGCAGGCUACAUACGCUGAAAACUCAUGUGACGGGUUCUCGGACAAGUUUACCUUCACACUGCACGGUAACUCAGUGCAGGUUGGUCAGCGUAUCGAGAUGGCAAUCCGGUUUCACUGUCGGGGCGAACAAUUCUGGGACAGUAACUACGACACCAAUUAUGUCUUCCAGUGUUUGCCGAUUACGCAACCAACGCCAAUAGCUGCGAGCCGGCCUGUACCACUUCCGUCCUCCAUCAGUGCUGGCCACAAUACGCUUAGUCCCGUAGGUUGGUGUAGCAGUUUCUAUUAAAUGCCCGGUUAAUUUUUUGUUGGUUCUUUGCUGACCAAUAACAGAUGUCCGAGAAAAACGGAAGCCACAUACAAUCACCGCUAAUAUGAAAGUCUUUCAGUCGUUCAUUAAACCAGGCUCUACCGAGCUGAAUAUACCUUGUUCAGCGUUCGUCUAUGGGCUUUAGUAUUAUUGGAAUGUUUAAAAAUUCGCUUACGAUGGUCACUGAUCAUCAGCGAUACUUCCAGGAGCUGCUAAAAAUAUCAUAACAGAUUUUAAAAAAAGGUACAGAAAGGUGGCAAGAAUGUCGGAAAAAUGUACAACAGUAAUCACUAAAUUGAACGCAAAACCUUUACUUGAACAAAGUCAAGAAUUGGAUUAAUCAAGAACAUUGAGCAGCAAAAAAAGAUUACGAUUAUUAUGGUUUGAUAAAGCUUCAGUAGACUUUCGAAAGUGAAAAUGUAAUGGAAUGUAGGUAAAUUGCGACUGAGCCUAGGGGGUUUGUGGGAAAUAGCAACUAAUUGCAAAAAAAAGAGCCCCGCCUGAGAAAAAGAGUUAAAUGAUUGUUAUGUUUGCGAAAGUUAUAUACGAAGAAGCAAUGUGUGACAAAUAAUUCAAACGAAAACCAAAAAACUGAACCGAUCGACGCAGCCCAGAACUCUUUUUAAAUACUUAAGAAACUAACAAACGAAAACGCAAUGAAUCGACAAAUGGCUGGUGCUUUAAGCAGGACGUUGUCACAAGUGAAAAUGGAUGUUUGUUUGGCGCAAUGGACGGUCAUUUAAAUAAAUUGUUUGUCUUAUGAUCUUGUCAAGCUCCCUAGAGUAUAAUAUCAUCCCAAAGUUUAGUAGUAAUAAUGAAGUUUAUAGGCAACUGUAGCAAAUAGUGUCAAUAAGUCGUCUCUCAAGAUCGAUCGUCAAGUGCAAUGAAGAGUAAUCGACAUAGUAAAACACGAAUGUGCUGAUCAACAUUAUCAUAGAGGCCGCAUGUUAGGAGCAUCGUUAGAGAAGAAUAAAGUGGGCAUAAUUUAAGACUAGGGAACGU